UCCACUUUGUAAACGACUAUCGGGUUUGGUGGAGCAAAAACAGAGGACAAGGAGAUCACUGGCUCCCAAAAAGAAGAUACUAUUAAACAGAGGCUUAAAAUGCUCAGGGCGAGCUGAUGAAUCAAGAAAAUCUUCCAGGGAAAACAAAAGAUCCAGUACCUGAUUAAUGUGAUGUGAAAACACAACUAGAAGACUACGAAAUUAAUCACGAAGUCAGAAAAAACAAUCUGCCAAUAAAUUGUUCAAAUAAAGCUUUUGGUCUAGUGUGAAUGUAGGAGUAACAAGGUUUUUGCAGUAUGAUAUCAGGUUUUGAAUUGCAAACAAGAAUUAAAAUAUAAGAUGAAAAUUACAAUGGCUUUCAGAUUUUCGAGAACCGAAUAAAGGAUCCAAACCCCGAAAUACAAGAAAAGGGAGACGAGAGAAACCAAAGAGGCUUUUUAAAGAGAGAGAGAGACAGAAAGAGAAAAGCGUCCAUGGAACCACAGCCAUGGGUUGCUGGCGUGAAAGAGAAGAAGAAAGAUAGUAAAGAAGAAAGAUAGGGAUGGGAGGCGACGGCUACCAGUUGUUAUUGUUUUUAGGUUAUGAAUUGUAUGGGUCAAUUUGUGGCUAUCAGAUGAUAUAUGUUUGGCCCGAUGGGCUACAAAUGAUAUUUGCUCUUUAAUUUGUGCCAGAGAAACAGUGAUAUAACUAUACAUGAUACAUGGUUGCAGUGAAAGUACGACUGAGUUUGAAGAUAAAGCAUGGAGUUUGGUGGAGGAAAAUGUGAAGCAAGACUUACUUUUGUCUUUUCAACGAGUAAAGUAUGAAAUGGAAGCAGCUUAUGAUAUGGCAAAAGUAAAGCCAGCUUUAGUAGCUCGUUUUGGAAAAAUACUCUUUUAUGGGAGUUCUUCAAUUUGCCAAGAAUCCCUGAAAAGUAACCCAUUUGGUGAAUCUACUUUCACACAAAUGAAAAAAACUUUGUAUACGAAUAUUCCUCCUUCGUAUGUGGAAUUCAUGGAAAACCUAGUAGUUGAGGAACUUGGACUUGAAUAUGUGCAAGAGAAAGAAUUAUACUAUUUAGCGCUUGUUGAUAAAUUGCUGCCUGACUCAACUAUUUCGUGCAAAUGUGUUGUGGCGAAAGAUCUUAAAAAAAUUCAACUCCAUAAGAUUGAGUUGAGCCCAGUACGACACAUGGUCGUAGACAUGAGCUGUGUUGGAAAGAGUUUAGACCUGAGGUUAUUGCUCUGUACCAAGAAAAUCAUAGCUUUAUCUGAUGAGGAGACUAACGGAAUUAAAGAUCUUGUUGGUUCUGCCAUUUUGGACCCAGAUGUUAAGGGUGGCUUGAGAUGGCCCUUUGGCAAGGAUUCUUCAGUGUGCCGAUAUGAUGUUAUACGUGUUGAUCACACAAUUGCAAAAUCAUAUAGAAAUCAGUCGAUUAGGUUUAAGCUUCGACAUGCAGAUCGAUUUGAUUUCAGAUAUUCAACUGGUGAGGUUGCUCGGGAGAUUUUCCUGAAAAUGCCUGGAAUCAUAUCCCAGUUGCGAAAGCAAACAGUCGAAGAAAACGUGUUGUUGAAAAUGCUAGAAGAGAACUUGAAGUUGAUCUGGAAUCACUGCUUGUUAGAUGGUUCUUCGAGCUGACCAUGCACAAUGGCCCUUCACUUUCUUUUUGCAAAAUAUAUGCAGAAACUGAUAGACGUAUGGUGAAGGCAGUUUUGGCAUUUGGAUUUUGCAGUGGUGGAACGUACAAGAUGUUGAUUGUUGAAUUAGCAACUAGAGUUAAACACAAAAUGCUGAAAUGUUAUUGCAAAAUGUAGUUUUCAAAAUGGAACACAUUGAUGGGGCCUCGGAUGUUAGUAAGGAACAUUGGAUGAGAUUUUAAAUAGUUUUGUUGUUAGAGGUAAUGCAUAGAACAUCUUAGUUGAUGAACACCUCGCUUUAUUGUCACUCGCCUUUGUUCAUUCAUCGCUUUUAAUUAGUUGUGGCGCGAAGGAUCUCUCGUGAUCUGAUGCAGUUUCCUUUCAUGUCCUCCGAAAUGGCAUACCUGGUGUUUCCUGUAAAAAGGAAGGAUCUUCGAGUGAAAUCUUCACAAUAUUGGCCAAUAUUGAGUCCAGUAAUGGGAUUUCUCUGUGAACAAACAUGUGUGGAGAACUGCCAGAAAUGUCAAUCAGCAACCGCAGAUCAUAUCGUUCAAUCUGAACCUAGUAUUUUGUCAUGUUUGUAAUAUAAGUUUCCCAGCAAUAAAUUAAUUCCCUACAGUAUAUGUUUGGAAAUUAAUCAUUUGUAGAAUCCCUUCAAUGGAUAUAGUUUUUGAAGAUUCUUAUUUACGCGAAGAAGUUAUAAACAUGGCUAGUUCUUUUACUGAAAAGUUAAAAAGUCAUUUUUUGUGUUUGGUUGUCGAAAAAGCUUUACAGUUAAAAUGAAAGA